CACAUAAUGGCCGCGUUCAGCAGGUUCAACAUUUGCUGAGUUGUUGUCUUGUCAAAACUCGAUAUUGAUUCGUUGGUUCUAAGAGUAAGAGCCAAUCAUCAAUUCGAUUGCUACAAAUUAGUUUGUUUUGCUGAACGUAGCCAAUGUAUUCUAGAGGAGAAAUCAAAAAAGAGAGGGACUGUGCCAGUUACAAGGAGAGGACUGGUGCUCCAAAACUCGCGACAGACGGUUGAAAGACGUAACGACAAAAAAAAAGCAGCGAAUGUAUAAUCGAAUGUUUUUGUUAAUUCUUCAUUGAGUUAUUACUACUUAUUACAAUCAUUUGCGUAGUAGUAUAGUGUUGUUGUGUAUACAUAUUAAUGUGAUCAACAUGUUAUCAACAUCAAAAGAUUCGGAUUUUAAAGAAGAAAAUAGAACUCUUAAGAUUGUAGAGCGACCAACAUUUAUAUUAAAAACAAGAGAAGGAGAAAGCAGAGCCAUAUCCCCUAGCCAACGAAAUGGGAAUAAGAAUUUUUUUAGGAAAGAUGCUGAGAUAUCUUCAGGAACAUCAACAAAGAUACAAGAGUCAAUUCGUUCGCUUUCUACAUGUCCUGAAAUGACUGCUUGUACUAAACUUAUGGACAAAACUAUGCAACUUAUUGAGAAUCCGAUAGAUUACCUGCAUGAUCAACAAGACUUUUUAGUUGUUGGUUGUUUAGGUACACAAGGUGUUGGCAAAUCAACAAUUAUGUCAUUGUUAACAUCAAAUUACAUGCCUGACAUUUUUCAAGUUCAGAAUUUGUCUAAUUUUGAAAAUGGGACAAACUGUACUAAUGGAAUAGAUUUUUUUGUGACUAAAAAUAGAGUUAUAUAUCUGGACACUCAGCCAAUUUUUUCUGGAUCUCUAAUUGACUACUCUGCAUCUUUUGAUCAGAAAAAAGCUUCAGUGGAUUUUGUGAAUACUGAGUUCAACUUGGAGUUACAGUCAUUGCAAUUUGCAGCAUUCCUGUUUUCAGUGUGUCAUGUAAUUUUAUUUGUGCAGGAUUGGUUUGUUGAUCCAAAUUUGCUGAGAUUUUUGCAAACAGCAGAAAUGUUAAAACCAUCUUCAACAACAAUUAUGGAUCAAGAAUAUGUGGAGUAUUAUCCACAUCUUGUAUUUUUGCAUAAUAAGGCAGAAUUGCAAGAUUUUAAGCCCGAUACGAUUGACAAAAUAAAGAAAUUUUAUGAUAAAUUAUUUUCCACUUCUAAACUCCAAACUCACAGCGGUAUAAAUAUGGGUAAUUGUUCAACAGAAAGUGGUCUAAAUUUAUUUUUAAUACCUUCGAGGACUAAUGACGAAGAAAAAAUUUUUUACGAAAGUGAAAAAUCCCUCAUAGACAAGCUGCGAACGAAGAUAUAUGGAGUUACUAGAAAUCCCAUGACGCCAUCAGUAUUAACGGAAAAGAGCUGGUUUCAUUACGUUUCGAAAGUUAUGGAGGCAAUAAAAAAGAGUCAUCUAUCAUCUGACUAUGGUAGAUUAAUGCCUUAAAAUUCAAGAGCACAAAAAUGGAGGGAAAUAGAGAUUUCAUUUGCUUCGGAAGAAAGCAAAUGAAUGAAUUCCGUGCAGCAGUUCAAGAUGAGCUCUCUGGACUCGUUCGCGACUCGCACG